AUGGCGAAUACAAAGACUGUUUGCGUGCCCCUUCUGGGAGGAAUCGAUGCGGCGUACCAAAUGCCCCAGGAAUAUAAUCCUUCGAAGCCAACGGUGGUGUUGGUACAUGCCUUUACCACAUCCUCUGAGCUGUAUCGCGACCAGUUUGAUGACCCAGAAUUGGCUAAAAACAUGAAUCUGAUCGCUAUUGAGCUUCUGGGCCACGGACAGACGCGAACGGCGCACGAACAUUGGACUUACUGGGACACGGCCAAAAUGAACCUGCAGGUCUUGGAUGCUCUCCAGGUUGACCGUGCAUUCGUCCUGGGAACUAGCCAGGGUGGUUGGGUCACUGUGCUGAUGGCCUUGCUGGGGCCUGAAAAGAUUAUGGGUAUUAUUCCGAUGGGAACUUCCAUGGACGCUGAAUCCGAGCGAAGUCGCCAGUUGCACUGCUGGGAUGGCCCGACAAUUAUAUCAGGAUUUGUCAAACAGUGGGCAAGCAGUUUGGCCACGCCACACUUUGAGCCGGAUGAUGUAUACUGCGACGCACUCAUCGAUAUUGGGUUCAACCAAGUGUCGCCUGAAGUACGCGAUUUCUGGCGUCAGACGAUCAAAUCGAAUUACCAGGGAGACGAAGGCCGUCGACGGAUUCGCAUGGCGGCUAUCAAUUUAGCAGAACGCGGGGCGCUGCAUCUUCGUCUCCCUGAUGUCCAGUGCCCGGUAUUGUGGUUGCACGGCACAAAAGAUGCCGUAUACUCCGUGGCGAACGCGAUGGAAGAAAUCCAGCUUUUCACACAUGCACCGUCUGCAGAUCUGGUGACGGUCGAUGGAGGAGCCCAUUUCUUGAACUGUUCGCACCCUGCGGAGGUGAAUCAAGCCCUGCUACGUUUUGUGAAUCAGUAUAAAUGA